UGAUUCGCUUAUCAUUCGGUGUGGCGCGAGACAGUUGAUUCUUACUCCUUACGAUAUAUAAUGUACUCAGAAACCCUAGCCUGCUUUCCUUUGUCCUCCAAAACCGGCUCUCGUUGGGAUUCACUGGACCGUCGUAGCUGCGAGCAGAAAAAUGGCUGUUCCUCUGCUUAGCAAGAAGAUAGUGAAGAAGCGUGUCAAGCAGUUCAAAAGGCCCCAAAGUGACCGCAAGAUAUCUGUGAAGACAAACUGGCGCAGGCCCAAGGGUAUUGAUUCCCGUGUGAGGAGGAAGUUUAAAGGAUGUACUCUGAUGCCCAAUAUUGGUUAUGGCUCAGACAAGAAGACUCGACACUAUCUCCCAAAUGGAUUUAAGAAAUUUGUUGUGCAUAACAUCAAGGAACUGGAACUUUUAAUGAUGCACAACAGGACUUACUGUGCUGAGAUAGCACAUAAUGUUUCAACCAAGAAGAGAAAGGAGAUUGUUGAGCGUGCAGCACAGUUGGAUGUUGUUGUUACCAACAAACUGGCCAGGUUGCGUAGCCAGGAGGAUGAGUGAGAACUAAAUUUGUGCUUGCCUUGUUUAAUUAAUUUGCUUGUUUACAUUCCCACCGUCUUUAGUAGUUUCAGCGCAUUUGAAGAUAGAUUCAAAAUUUUGCUGUCGUUUUUAAUUUUGGAUUAAAUGGUUGUCGAUCUUUUUUUUUUUUUUUUUUUUCCCUUUCACUACGUACUAACUAUAUUUGAUGCGUUCAAUCCAUGGAAUGCGUUUAUUGCUUA